GGGACCCGCGCCGGCCCCGCAGCCUUCCGGGAGGAAGCGGCGCCGGCCGCGGCGGGGCGCGCGCGCUCGGGCUCCCUCACCUGCUGGGGCGCGCGCAGGGCCUGGGCCGGCCGCGGGAGCGCAGAGCCGGGAGCGGGGCCGGGAUCCCGCGCGGGGGGCUCCGGCUCCAUGGCGACCGGACUCGGGGAGCCGGUGUACGGACUUUCGGAAGACGAGGGAGAGUCCCGUAUUCUCAGAGUGAAAGUUGUUUCUGGAAUCGACCUCGCAAAAAAGGACAUCUUUGGAGCCAGUGACCCAUACGUGAAGCUUUCGUUGUACGUAGCGGAUGAAAACCGAGAACUUGCACUAGUACAGACAAAGACCAUUAAGAAGACGCUGAACCCAAAAUGGAAUGAAGAAUUUUAUUUUAGGGUCAACCCAUCCAAUCACAGACUCCUGUUUGAAGUAUUUGAUGAGAACAGACUGACGAGAGACGACUUCCUGGGACAGGUGGACGUGCCCCUCAGCCAUCUCCCGACCGAAGACCCCACCAUGGAGCGACCCUACACCUUCAAGGAUUUUCUCCUCAGGCCAAGAAGUCAUAAGUCUCGCGUGAAGGGGUUUCUGCGGUUGAAAAUGGCGUACAUGCCCAAAAACGGCGGCCAGGACGAGGAGAACGGCGAGCAGAGGGAGGACAUGGAGCAUGGCUGGGAGGUCGUGGACUCCAAUGACCCCGCGUCACAGCACCAGGAGGAGCUGCCGCCCCCGCCUCUGCCCCCGGGCUGGGAAGAAAAAGUGGACAACCUGGGGCGCACGUACUACGUCAACCAUAACAACCGCAGCACACAGUGGCACCGGCCCAGCCUGAUGGACGCGUCAGCUGAGUCGGAGAGUAACAUCCGGCAGAUCAACCAGGAGGCCGCACACCGGCGCUUCCGCUCCCGCAGACACAUCAGCGAGGACCUGGAGCCAGAGCCGGGCGAGGGCGGAGAUGGCCCCGAGCCUUGGGAGACCAUCUCAGAGGAAGUGAACCUCAGCGGAGAUGCCCUCAGCCUGGCGCUGCCCCCUCCGCCGUCGUCCCCCAUCUCUCGCACGAGCCCCCAGGAGCUGUCUGACGAGCUGAGCCGAAGGCUGCAGAUCACCCCCGACUCCAACGGGGAGCAGUUCGGCUCUUUGAUCCAGAGAGAGCCCUCGUCCAGGCUGAGGUCCUGCAGCGUCACGGAGGCCGUCGCCGAGCAGGCGCACCUGCCGCCGCCGUCGGUGGCCUAUGUACAUACCACGCCGGGCCUCCCUUCGGGCUGGGAAGAGAGGAAAGAUGCUAAGGGCCGCACGUACUAUGUCAAUCAUAACAACCGAACCACCACGUGGACCCGGCCGAUCAUGCAGCUCGCGGAAGACGGCGCGUCGGGGUCGUCCUCAAACAGUAGCAACCACCUCGUCGAGCCGCAGAUCCGCAGGCCCCGCAGCCUCAGCUCGCCCACCGUGACUCUGUCCGCCCCCCUGGAGGGUGCCAAGGACUCACCCAUCCGGCGGGCUGUGAAAGAUACCCUUUCCAACCCCCAGUCCCCACAGCCGUCACCCUACAACUCCCCCAAACCACAGCACAAGGUCGCGCAGAGCUUCCUGCCGCCCGGCUGGGAGAUGAGAAUAGCGCCCAGCGGCCGGCCCUUCUUCAUCGACCACAACACAAAGACGACGACGUGGGAAGACCCACGCUUGAAAUUUCCAGUGCAUAUGCGGUCCAAGGCGCCUUUAAACCCCAAUGACCUUGGCCCUCUUCCUCCUGGCUGGGAAGAAAGAAUUCACCUGGACGGCCGAACGUUUUAUAUUGAUCACAAUAGCAAAAUUACUCAGUGGGAGGACCCCAGGCUGCAGAACCCAGCGAUCACCGGUCCGGCUGUUCCUUACUCCAGAGAAUUUAAGCAGAAAUAUGACUACUUUAGGAAGAAAUUAAAGAAACCUGCCGAUAUCCCAAAUCGGUUCGAAAUGAAACUGCACAGAAACAACAUCUUCGAGGAGUCCUACCGGCGGAUCAUGUCUGUGAAGAGGCCCGACGUCCUCAAAGCCAGGCUGUGGAUCGAGUUCGAGUCGGAGAAGGGCCUGGACUACGGGGGCGUGGCCCGGGAGUGGUUCUUCCUGCUGUCCAAGGAGAUGUUCAACCCCUACUACGGGCUCUUUGAGUACUCGGCCACGGACAACUACACGCUCCAGAUCAAUCCCAACUCGGGCCUGUGCAACGAGGACCACCUGUCGUACUUCACCUUCAUCGGGAGGGUCGCCGGGCUGGCCGUGUUCCACGGGAAGCUCCUGGACGGCUUCUUCAUCAGACCCUUUUACAAGAUGAUGCUGGGGAAGCAGAUCACGCUGAACGACAUGGAGUCCGUGGACAGCGAGUAUUACAACUCUCUGAAAUGGAUCUUAGAGAACGACCCCACGGAGCUGGACCUCAUGUUCUGCAUCGACGAGGAGAACUUCGGACAGACGUACCAAGUGGAUCUGAAGCCCAAUGGGUCAGAAAUAAUGGUCACCAAUGAGAACAAAAGGGAAUAUAUUGACCUGGUGAUCCAGUGGCGGUUUGUGAACAGAGUCCAGAAGCAGAUGAACGCCUUCCUGGAGGGCUUCACGGAGCUGCUGCCCAUCGACCUGAUUAAAAUCUUUGACGAGAACGAGCUGGAGUUGCUGAUGUGUGGCCUUGGAGACGUGGACGUGAACGACUGGAGGCAGCACUCGAUCUACAAGAACGGCUACUGCCCCAACCACCCUGUCAUCCAGUGGUUCUGGAAGGCGGUGCUGCUGAUGGACGCCGAGAAACGGAUCCGGUUACUGCAGUUCGUCACUGGCACGUCCCGGGUACCUAUGAAUGGAUUCGCCGAGCUCUACGGCUCCAACGGUCCUCAGCUGUUUACAAUAGAGCAAUGGGGGAGUCCCGAGAAACUGCCCAGAGCUCACACAUGCUUUAAUCGCCUUGAUUUACCUCCAUAUGAAACCUUUGAAGAUUUACGAGAGAAGCUUCUCAUGGCGGUGGAGAAUGCACAAGGGUUCGAGGGGGUAGAUUAAACACCCCCACGUCCAGGAGAGGGUGUUCGUCCAGCAAGCCCUGCUUGCACUUUUGCAUUUGCCUAACAGACUGCAGAGACGCCGGCCGGAAGCGCCGCGGCCGGCCGGCUGCCGGGGCAGAGCCUGGCCCGCCACUUGCCCCGGUCCCGCCGUGGGAAGCCAGGCCCAGGUCGCGUUCCUGCAUUUUUCCGCCACAAAUUACCAACCGGUUGACGUGUGCACUAAUUACAUUUCAGGAGGACUUAAUCUAUUUAUGUUGUGCCUCUGUAGGCAAAGCCCUUAAUAAAUAUUUUACAUACUUUAUAAUGACAAUGAAUGGAAUUAAUCACUCUACAGGUAUAGUAUUACAGCUCAUGUUUACUUUUUAAAAUGAUUUAGACCGAUUUUCAGAUUUUAUUUCAUUACGAUUAAAGAUGUCUCGUGUACUUGGAAAAUUGAGCUUUUUUUUUUUUUUUGUAUCUGGAUAUCAUAACCAGGUUUAAUGUCAGUGACAUUGUUCUUUUUGGAGUUCUUGAGCAACAACCCCUUCACCCCCCUCGGCCUCUUACCUGAUUCAGUUCAGAAGAUUGCUCCUUUGUCCGAAAACCUUCCCUCGAGGAGUCCUUUGAGAGAAUUUAGACUUUAACCUUAGGUAUCAUGAUCAUUUUUUUUUCAUACUCCAAGAGAAUGAAAACAAACUGGAGACUCUUUGUGUAUAAAUUCCGCACCCCCAGCUACGGGCCGAGAGAACUGUAACAUAGCAUGACAAGCCUCGUGGAGACUUGGAGGAGCCAUCCCUAAGUUCUUCCUUAGGAGGGGGCCACGUUCUCCUCCUGGCUGAGAGGGGAAGCCACCGUUCCUGGGAGAAAAGCGGCUCCACCCUUCCCGACGCUGUCCAGUUGCUCCCUGAUGACCUUCUCUUCGCCGUCUGGGGUGGAGGCGCGUGGAUGGCGCUUGGCCCUGUAGAAACCAGCUCUGUGUCGUCUGCUGUUUGUACGCGUGUGUGAACUGUGGCCGAUGUCGUGUUCCCUCCGCACCGACCCAGAAGGCACUUUACAUGCCCCCCCGGAUGUCACCUGGCGGUGUGGCCGCUGCCUGGGUUUCUCCUAAACAUUCGGUGUGACGCUGCUUCCCUCUCCCGCCCCGUCCCGUCCGCGCCGUGUCUAUUGAUGAUCGUGAACGUGGCCACUGGUGUACGCCGUGCGCCUGGACGUGAAACUGAGCCUCCAGACCUCACCCAGGAGUGGGCAGAAGUGCCCUCCGCCUGCCCUCGGCCGCCAGCUCCGAUUGCCCGUCGAGUGUCGCAUGCUCCGAUGCCCGCAUGUCUCAGCCGUGUCCUGUGCCCAGGCUCACGGACAGAGAAGACCGGGCACCCGUGCUGCAGGGCAGGGGGCCCGAGCACGUGGGCUCUCACUUGGGUCUGGGGGUGGCAGGGGGCGUGUUUUGAGAGAAAACCUAAGGCAGGGGGGAGGUGUGCAAACCUGCUGUUCUUUGUCAUGGUCUUCUAGGUCCGCCGGCCGUCACGAGACCCCCAUAGAGACGAGGACAGACGGUAGUUCGGGGGGGGGUUCAGUGUUGACUUAGAAGGAGCUUCUAAGGGAAGACUUUGCUUUGUGCCCAGGUCUGGAUGGCUUGUGAGAUACUGUGAAUGUUUAUAGCUGCCUUUUGAGUUGUCUAGAGGGGUGCUGGGUACCCCGCUGUCUCAAAGAAGGGGGAUUCCUGCAGAGCUGAGCGUGGAUUCCCUCUCUGUGUUGAUUUUGAAACACCCAGUAGUGGUCGGAAAAUUUAGUUGAAAAACUAGAAAACUACGAUGUCAUUCAUUACUUCAUCCAUGUGUGGGUUUCCUGCCCUUCCCACCAGACUGAGCCCCCAGUUCGCCCUAUUAUGUCCCCCUCAGUCUGAUCUUGGCUUUAAGAUCGGCGCCAGCGUCUGGGCAAUCCGGCUGGUGGUUAUGGGGGAGAUGCCCAACAAUUCUAACCUAAGAAGUGGGGUUCCUCUAUCAUUUUGUUAAAACUGUUCCCCAAAACGCCAAACAUUCACUUAGGGCGAAUUAGAGACUAGAAAAGAAAACCCAGAUAUAAGAUGAAUGGAUGAAACUCAUCCAGAUUCCCCCAUUCGGUAUUUCUGUCCCCUUCCUCCCUGACGUCAGUGAGGAGGAAAUCGUGCUGGUUGGGGACAGCCAUUUUCCCUUUCCUUCCAAAUCCGAUGCCCACGGUGAUCGCCCGUGACUUCUUCUAUCCGCAGUGGUCCUUGGUCUUGUCUUCUCUGAAUCCUGACGCUCACUGUCCUCUCUGCCCCAAAAAAGGGCAGCACGCAGCCCACCCCAGCUGUUCCCGGGGUGCUACCCGCCUGGUCAGCAGGCCUGGGGAAACGUGAGGGUCUGUCCUAGCCCACCUGGGGCCCUGCAUCUCUGCAGCCUCGUUUUCUGAGCGAUGCCCUUUAGACUUGCCCUGGUUCCCUGAAGAAGGCCUGGGCAGAACCACGUGGGCUCGAAGCUGACCCAGGCCUGCCUGUUCUCUGCCCGAGCUGGCCCUGCUUCUCUCCCUGCUCGCUGGAGACUGCGUUUCAAAGCUCACCCUGGGGCCCGGCAGGAAGGGGCGCCCCUCUGUGCCCGCAGACCUGGUGCGUUUUAAGGGCUUGCUGGUUUGCCUGAAGCAGCUCCUCCCGUGGGCCCAAACGCCUCUCACUGGGUCUCCGGACCCUCGGGCCCUCACAAAGGGCAGAAAGCAGUUGGCCUGGUUCCAUCUCUUUCUCCUUCUCCGGCCCCAGAACACAGGAGGAUUCUGCGAUU